CGACACACUUUUAGUAUGAGUACGACAGUGGACUAACGCAGACGUCGUCUUGGUCAAGUCUGUUUUGAGCCCUCGCCACCUCUCCGUACUUCUUCUCCUGGUCUAAGGGGUUCAAACGUUGAAUGAAUGGUCAGACUGCCUAUUUUUUUCGGGAAACCCCAAGGAGAAGUCUGCUGCCAGAAGCGAUGGACGUGUUUUAGAAAAGUGUCUUUAUUUUAACCCGCAGGUUGUUGAGCAGCGACCAUAAUCGGUCAAUAGUGCGACGCGACGUGCCAUUUUUGGUGACUGGACGAAGCAUGGUAUCGAUAUCUUGAAAGUGUGUUAUCAUUAAACCAGCAAGUGGUAUUGAUUUGUACUCCGCGAUACCGACCGAGUGUAGUGGCUGUGCUUAACACAAAAACCGGCUACCAAAGAGUGUAUUAGGUGCUGUUGGCUGUACACUCAAUGUUUCAUUCAAGCCAGAACAAGUGCCCAUACAUAUGGGACGAGACGGUGAAGAAAAUAACCACAAAGUGAAUCAACAUAAAAACAAAACAUAAUCUUGGGCUUGCCCGCAGCACAAUUAUCCAGCGGCUUCUGAGCUGUGCGUGUGUGUGUGUGUGUCUAGUCGCACUAACUAAAAGCCAGAUAAAGCUCAACAGUGCAUUUGACGCAGUGUAACCCCGCUGGAUGACUGUGACGGCGUUGACCAUCGACGACAACGAUUAUGGUGGCCACCACCCGGGGAUCGAUAUCAAUUAAACGGCUGUUUGAAUCAAGAUGGUGUUCCGGAAGUCAAGCAUACAGCCGCUAACGGGUUCCGGAAGGAUAGCCCCGGUUUGCAAUACCGACCGGUGUACCUCGUCCGGCUACUGAACCGUCCCUGUUCAACGAAGGGCAAACACGCCUCAAACGACAACGUUUCCGUCCCGGAAGCGGAAAUAAGCACCACCACGCCGGAAUAAUCCCUUUAAACGAGGAGGGGAUACCAUUAUCCGUUCCGCCUCACGGAUUACGACGCCAUGUUUCUUGCUGUGGUGCCAAGUCGUGUAGAACCUUUAGCCAAAAGCCAAGUCGGUCCCGCUGCUGGCGAUGGCAAUGUAACCAGUCCAAAUAUGAGGAACCUGUUCCAAAGUUGAAGGGUGUGUGCAGUGUGUGGAAAAAAAUCCGUUUUUUCGGGUGUGAAACUGGGGAAGUGUAACACAAGUUCUGAAACAUUCAUUCGGGUAGUUUCGGUUACAAAUUUGCAGGGGGUGUGGUGUGAUUCUCAAGAUUACGAUCCGACGUAACGUUCCAACUUUGGCAGCACAAAGGAAGAAAAAGGUACGGAAACCCACAGCGAGUCAAAAGCCAGACGAGCAAAUAAAGACUGUACAAACACCAGGAUUGGUUAUAUAAUGAGAGGUCGACGAAUUCCGAUCGCAUUACCAAACACAGGUGCCCUGUCACGUAGACGCCACACGCUUUACAUCCGAUCGGCCAUCAUCAUCUUUAUUCUGUUUGCAUUCCUGCAGUUCCACGUGAUAAACUAUGACUCGAGCGAUUCGGGACCAGCGGACACCACCAAUUACUCGACGGCAGCGAUCCUGCACAUGGUGCCACCGGUGUUCCAUAAAUACCUGACAUCGAAAACCCGAAAUGCAACCCACGGACAGAACGGUACACACGUGGGGACUAACGAGGGCUCACAGCGGUCGGCAAACAUCAGCGAGAUUCUCCGGAUGAUACAUCGAUACAACGAGAUGCAGUCGGUCCUGAAUGAGGACAUCUUCGGUCCGUUACAAAAUGAUUCUGUGAUAAUAGUAGUGCAGGUACACAAAAGGAUAACCUAUUUACGACAUUUAAUUGUUAGCUUGGCGCAAGCAAAAGACAUUUCCCGGACGUUGCUGGUCUUUUCGCAUGACCAUUUUGACGACGACAUCAACGACUUAGUGCAGAGUAUAGACUUUUGUAAGGUUAUGCAGAUUUUUUAUCCUUUCUCAAUACAAACUCAUCCAAACGAGUUUCCUGGAGCAGAUCCCGGAGAUUGCCCGAGGGACAUCAAAAAAGAACAAGCACUGUUACGGAAAUGUAACAACGCUUUACAUCCAGAUCUGUAUGGUCACUACCGGGAAGCAAAAUUUACCCAAACCAAGCACCACUGGUGGUGGAAGGCAAAUCGAGUCUUUGAUCAGCUAGAAGUUACCAAAUAUCACACGGGUCUGGUGGUUUUCCUAGAGGAAGACCACUAUGUUGCGGAGGACUUCCUCUACAUCCUAGAACUGAUGCAGCAAAAAUCAAACGAAUUGUGUCAAAAAUGCAACAUUCUAUCGUUGGGAACAUAUCUGAAGACUUUUAAUUACUACACAUACAACAAAAAGCAGCAACAGCAACAGCAACAACAGCAACUUCAACAGCAUGCGAGUGGUAAUACUGGUGGAAGUUCCGGUGGCCAAUUCACCACCGAAAAGUACGCGUCCCAGUCUCAGUGGGGUUACCAAGUGUUGCCGACACUGUACUCAAUCUACCAGAAGGUCGAAGUUACACCUUGGGUCAGCAGCAAGCACAACAUGGGCAUGGCCUUCAAUCGGACCACGUGGCACGACAUAACGCGUUGCGCAAGACAUUUUUGCGAGUACGACGAUUACAACUGGGACUGGUCGCUGCAGCACGUGUCGCAGCAAUGUCUGAGGCAAAAGCUGCACGUGAUGGUCGUCAAAGGACCUCGGGUCUUCCAUAUUGGCGAAUGUGGCGUCCAUCAUAAGAAAAGCAACUGCGAAUCAAACCAAGUAAUAUCCAAGGUGCAACAGGUGCUGAGGGUAGCGCGGAGAUCCCACCAGUUGUAUCCAAAGUCCAUCUCUCUGAUGGUAGCCAGUGUCAUCAAAAAGACAAAACUGCGCAAAGGAAACGGCGGCUGGGGCGAUCAGCGGGAUCACCAGCUUUGCUUCAACAUUACCCUGAUUGGACGGUAAUCCGUACCGGAUGCUCCGUACUCGGUACGAGUUGAGUUUCGAGACUGACUUGGGAGACUCGCAUUUGAUGUUUUUUGGAAACUGAAGCAGCGAAAGCAGAAGAAACACUCUGACACGUCCUAUUUUUAAUUGAGCAAAAAAUAAAAACAGGCACCGAGUAAAAGAACACAAAACGAAGAGUACACACAAGUGAUGAAUACAUUAUAAUUUUGUAAGAAACUCAACAACAAUAAUGCAGUAAAAGUACACACCACUUAGCGGAGCCUAGCGCAGUAAGAUUAAUGUUUGGUGUACCAACGGAGGUAGUUUUAAGGUAAUUGUGUAUGUUCCAAGCGUGAAACCCGCGACAAAAGUUGAUGUGUAGGAGGUUAAACGGGAUUGAUGUUUAUCAAAAUGGAAAAGGAGCCUUUUUUUGCAACUAUACUUGCGUCAGAUGAUUAAAACGUUGUCAGAAAAAAAGUUUUUUAGGUGAAGUAGGUUCAUUCGCAAUCACAACUCAUAAAACAAGUUUUAAGGAAUAUUGGCUCCGAAAAAUGAAAAAGAAAAUCCCUCCCAAAAUAGAACCACCUUUGUUCUAGUUUUAUGAAAUGACAUUUAAUAUGAAUAACUUUACUCAUACUUGAAAUGAAAUACUUUUAAAAGUUUUUUUUCGAAUUUCUAAUCUUUGAUUUGUUAACCACUAAGAUAUGAAUUCUUUAAUGUUUUUAUAUUUUAUUUUAUAUUUGCAGUUUUUGAACACAAUUUUGUGUUGUUUCAUUUAUCAUAUUCAAUGUCAUUUCAUAUUGCCAUGAAACUAACAGUUUCCUUAACUGUCGUUAUACAGCGAAAUGAUGAAUACGCCAUUGUCAACUUAUUCUGAGAUUCGUCAUGAAUUCCGAUCAUAAUAAAUAUUUUUGACAGCAGGCGUGGUGUGGCUUUGCCGUGGGUAAAUGAAUCGCUACACCAUCAUACAUGUCAAAAAUGGUAAAUGUUAUACUCGAUUUAGAAAUCUUGAUUUGCCAAUCCUUUGUAAGUCGGUAUAGUUUCACACUUUAACGAAAAUUUCAUGAUCAAUCCUCUAUCAUUAAUGUUUUCAUAACAUAAAAAUCCAGAAAACGGCGUAUACGUCAUUCCAUCGUAAAACGGCAGUAAACAUGUAGCUAGAAAAUACCAUGAAAUGUGAAAGGAGAGCAAUGCGCUAGAAACCUCUAUAGAGCGUAAGUAGACCUGCAAAUGAAAGAAACCAAAUAAAAACAAGUUACCAUAGUCCACAGAUGUAAACAAUAGCAAAAACAAUAAAACGAAAACUAAACUAAAUUUGUAACAAAACAGUCAGCGGCAUGAACAUGAACACAAUUAAGAGACGCACAUUAUACUAGGCAAUAUCCUGUUUCUCUUAAACCAGGAGGAAGUUGAAUGAAAAGUGAAGACUACAUGAGAUCGACUUGGAACGUAGAUCAACUUGGAAGUUAAAUGCAUUCACAGUUUUUAGUGCUACACAUCAAAUUGUUCACUUCUUCCUCAAUCUUUUUUCUGUUGUAAGAUCAGUGCUAAAUUAAAUAUUUAUCUAAUUACUUUCAUCUAGUCACCAUUCAUUGUUGGGUGCAAUCCAGGAUGUUGCAUUUGUUGCAAAGGCCGUAAUAUUAUGUUGUUAUCUGUUAUGUUUUGUUUAUUCAAUGCUUAAGUUGGUUUCCAUUAAAACAUAUUUUGUGUCAUAUUGCAGCUUUUGAAAAUCGAAUGUUAUGUUUUUUGGCACAUACUAAAAUAGUUGGCUGUAAAAUCAUUCACGUAGUCCUGCGUGGGUUAUUAAUUGUAAAUAAACUUUACGAAUCGAACUAUUCAAUCAUGUAUGAAAA